CGGGAAUCGUGGGCUAGGUCAAACUUAUUCCGUAUUCUCGGCAAACUCGGCUAAUACCGUUCAGAGGGACGAUACGGCGGCGAUUUUGUUCAAGACGGGUGAUGUCUUACAAUCGACAAAGCACCCUCUCUCAAUAUCCGUUUUUGGGCUAACGGUUUGGUGA